CUCAUCCCAGUCUACAAAUAUGUCCUUCGACUUCUCUACUCCACCUACCGGUUCUCAGCCACGGGCGUUAUCAUCCUUCCAUUUAUCUGGUCCGCUCAAUGAUUCCCAGCCAGGAAGUCCUUCGGAUUCGAGCUUGCUGAUGAGCCCUUCUGCCUACCUACGCACUCCUGGAUCCCCACCUUCAAGUUCACGCCAACCACAAAUUGACCCAAAUCUAUUCGCAAACGAGUUAUCCGCCCUCUUUGUGGACGCACUCGCCAACCAAUUUGGCCUUGGCGAUGCAGAACAGGACUUACGGAAAAACCUACAUGGUUUUGCUAAGCUCGGUCAUGGACUGAGCAAAUCUGACCUUGCAACUAGAACUUAUCUCCUUGGCAGUAUAUUCUGCAUUCUCAAGGAACAGCGCAUAAUUGCUGCCUCUCACCAAUCAACACAACAACUUCUCGCAGAUUUACAAAUCCGUCUUGAAACCACAUUUUCACUUAGUCCUGAGCAACGAACAAACAUACACAUUGUGGCAGGUGAUCUUAUCUUUGAUCCUAACAGGAUCACGUUCAUGACACUUCAUUUUGAUGUUGCGAAUCAUUUACAUAAAGAUCGUGAGGCCUUUAAACUCACAAACAUCUAUGGAAACCCAGCUAGGGAACGUUUCCUGACCAUCUAUACUAAGUGUCAGUGUUCUAGCGUCCGUAAUUCAUUUCGCGAGUUGCUACGUGACAGUGUCAUUGGCGAUGACACAAGCACACUAUCAGACUUUAUUUAUGACUGUUCGAAUCGUUUCCGUCGUGCAGGCGGGAACUCAGACCUUGGACAUCCAGUCCGCGCCCGUUUGGCUAUCUUACGUCGUUUUGCAUAUGAAAACCCUCAUUUGCUUGACCGGGCAGAGGAAGAAGAUGAGAGUCUCUCAACACCGAGUGCAGAAGAUGCUGAAGACUCUCCUAUUGGAGAACCACUGAAGAAGAAGCGCAAGCGCGGCCAAGGCGGGCGCACCACCAAAGGCGAGGACUUCUACCAUACCAUCGAACUCGACACCCAUCGCUACCAGAGGCCGGUCGUCCAAAAUCCAUUCAUGAUUGACAUCAUUGUUCCGGAGGCUUACGGGGCACACAGUGGGUCUUCUACCAUUGGUGCUGCUGCCUUGAAGCAGAACGGCUUGGGAAGUAUGGAGGACAUUUUGAGGCUCAUUUGA